AUGGAAAAUCUAUUCAAGUCAUUGGCUCGGUUCGGCUGGCAUCCACGCCUACGUGAAGGUAUUGUUCACAACCUGAACCAUGCGGAGCAAAGUGCCAAAGCCAGUACCAGGUAUGACUUCGAAGGGUUUCUGCAAAGUUUUGCGUUGUCGUUGGAAAUCUACACCAACUGGGUUACCCAACUGAUCGCAGCCAGCCCUUGGCUUUUCCAUGAGAUGGAAAUGCCGAAAUGUAUUUUGGAAGUGCACAGCAUCAUGAGCUUCACGGCGUUGAUACAUGCACUUUCUGGACUGCUGGUGCAGCAAAGCUUCUCAGCUUAUGAAGGCUUCACUUACAGAGAGUUCACGCAGUGCAGGUUCCGAAUGCGCAUCUUAGCAGCGACAUUGCAGUUCAUCAUUGCUCAUGUUUCGGCAAAGAAGCUAGUCAAAACUGAGCUAGCGGUACAAUGGUGGAGCGAAAAGGACAACUUUUUGGACUAUGCCACGGUCGUUCUGGGCGCGUCCCUGGGUCGGCACGUGGAGCAGGAGACAGUAAAUGGUCACAUCGCAGCUGGCCUCGAAGAGUUCAAUCUGACGCGCGAUUUGACAAAAUUCAAAUGGAUGAACGCCCAAUCCACUUUCUUUCCGGCCAGACGUCAGUAUAACUCCAUGUUUCAAGAUGCUUUUGAUGCUUGCUGGAAGCGGAAUUAUUUCCCGCGCUGGAGCAAACCAGACCUCACGGAGUUCAUUCAUGAUCAGUGGAAGCAGCACCUUGACCAGCUGAACGAAGAGGAACGGUUUAAUUUCAAGAGCGUGCAGAAGCUUAAACAGUUUUUCAACGACAACUUCGUCAUCCACAAUGAGGACCACUGCAGUGGCCAUGUUAUGCUCUUCUGCCCCAACCUGUGCUACAGCACUCAGUGGACGACAUGGACAGACGAAACAGUGUUCACACGAUUACCGUAUGCACCACGUGAAUACCAGCAAGCAUUCGCACAACAGAUACCACAGGAUCUUCGCAAACGGUAUUCGUGGGGGUUCAAGUCUGACCCGAGGUGCCCUCGUGGAUAUAUUUUCAUGAAACGUAAGAAGCAGUGGACAACGGCAAGGACGAUUGUGAGCUACUGGAACUCUCUCGCGGCACCGCUACUCACAGCCACUUCUAUGGCGCUAUCAAGCAUCAUAUCUUCUACGUGGCCAGAACAACUGGGCACGGGUACGACUCCGCAAUUGUGGAGUGACAUUCACAGGUUCCUGCGAGCACAAAGUGUCGUGAAUGCAGUACAACGGCUUCUGGACGAGUACCGGGCGACCCACAACGACACAUGCAUCAUGGUGAACCCCCACAGUCAUUUCAAACGUUAUGCAGCGCAUGCUGGGUCUUCUUUGGCAAGCUGCAAAGCUAAUUAUAAGACUGUCUACUUAGAGGACGUUGAGCGUAUUGUUUUGUUGUCGUUUCAGCUGGGAGUGUUCGAAGCGAUGGGUGUGGCAUGGAAACAAACUCGAGGGACCGCAAUAGGAAAUCAGAUAAGCCCAAUACUUUCUACCAUUUGCGUGGCUGCCAUGGAAAUUCACUGGAAACGCACCUUCCCCAACACGCUGGCAGUCGCAGGUUCGCAGGUACUUAUCCAGCGCUACGUAGACAACCGGUUGAUUUUGGCCACGGAUUUCGCAGUACAGCUUCCAGGAAUACAGGUUCUGUUACAUCAAUUCUUCUAUAAGCGCCCGGUGGAGUUGGAGCACGUUCUGAACCAUGAGUACCUCGGCAUGCUCGUCAACGUGUCCUCCCGAACAGUUACGUUCAAACCAUUGACGCAUGGGUGGCAAAUCAGAUCGCCGAAAAGUGCUGGAACGUGGAACUCGCGAUUGUCAGGAUUGAAAAGUCGGUUGAGUAUCAUCUUGAAGUAUGCCUACCCCAAAACGAUUUCGGAGCAACAAGCAGACGAUUUGUGCGAGUUCUUCACCCGAAUGGGUUUUCCUCCAGAUCGUGUGUGGAAGCGCAGGUGA